AUGGUGUCUUUUGCCUUGCAGUUAUGUGGCUGUGGGCUGCUAGGCGUGGGCAUCUGGCUCUCUGUGUCACAGGGCAGUUUUGCCACCUUCUCUCCCUCAAUGCCCUCACUGUCAGCUGCUAACAUGGUCAUCGCCAUCGGUGCAAUCGUCAUGGUUACGGGCUUUCUCGGAUGUCUGGGUGCCAUUAAGGAGAACAAGUGCCUGCUUCUGAGCUUCUUCAUUGUGCUGCUGAUAAUUCUCCUGGCAGAGCUGAUAUUGCUCAUCUUGUUCUUUGUAUACUCAGAUAAGGUGAGUGAGAAUGCUAAGCAGGAUCUAAAAGAUGGGCUGGCACUCUAUAACUCAGAGAACAACAUCGGUCUGCGAAAUGCUUGGAAUAUCAUCCAGGCAGAGUGGAAGUGUUGUGGUGUGAUAGCGUACACAGAUUGGCAUGAGGCCCUGAAAGAGCAAGUAGUUCCUGACCGCUGCUGCCAAGAGCAUUACCAGUACUGUGGGCGUAAUUCCACCAACAUGUUCUGGAACAGGGGCUGUUUUGAGAAAGUGGAGGAAUGGCUGGAUGAUAACAAGCAUCUUCUGGGAACCAUAGCCAUGGUCAUCUUGGUCGUGCAGCUCCUGGGUAUGGCGUUCUCCAUGACACUGUUCCACCACAUCCACAGAACGGGGAAGAAAUACGACGCCUAGCCUUGGGUGAUGGAACGCGAUGGAGAGAAGCCCCACUGCCUAAUGGGAUGAGACUGAUAUAAACAUCACUGUUUCCCCCCUCCACUUUACAACCUCCGUAGAGCAUCCCUCAUCUCCCGUCCUGGCCCUGUACAGAUUCCAGCUGUGUUUCCACCCUCUCUGCUCUCUCUUCUUAUCAUUCAUUUUGCCAAAGAGUAACACAACUGGAAUAGAAGGGACACCUACUUUUGGCAAGGAUGCGAGUCCCAUCGGUUGUCUUGAGUAUGCUUCAUCUAUUUUCAAAAUUUUCUUUGCUUUCUUCUCUUUUUUUUUUUUUUCUUGGACUAACAAUUCAAUGGAAUAAUGGAUUCAGGGACAAUGAAGACUACAAAGAUGCCCGCACAGCCGCUUAAGGCCUGUCAAGGCAAAGAGAAUCCACAAAACUAAAAAAACUCUUCAAUUGUUUUUUUUCCCUUCAUGUUGAUUACAGCUAAGCCCCCUUUCCCCCUUGUAAAUUAAUAAAGAUCCGACACAGCAUGCUAGUUUUCUACUUCACUGAUUUACCUGUGACUUUGAGAUGUCUGUAGUUGCCAUUUUUUGUUGGAAUAUUCGUUCUUUUUUUCCUGUAUGUAUAUCAUCAGCUCUCUGGUGGAAUGUAAGUGUUGAACAGAUCAGUGCAAUGAGCUCUCAGACGUGCGGCGUGUGUAUGUGAGCGCGGUUGGAUUUAACGUGACGUUUCCGUGGAGGGGCACAGACAUGUCAGGAAAGGUUUUUAAUGUAAUCCAUGUCAUUUUUUUUUUUUUUCUUCGCUCAGCUGUUGAGAUUUGAGUAAAGGGAAUGCGACGAGAGUGUGAGAGAUCAUCAGUGGAUUAAUUUUAAAUCAAAUUCUGCAGUGUCCUCUGAAUAAUAGAUUGAAAUCAGGAUGCAGCACAGCACUGGUAUUUUAAAUCCCCAUGUGACAUUACAAAUGGAGUUUAAUGGUUGUUUAUUACUUUUUCAAGAGCCCCUUUAACCAAAGUGAUAAAGUUAUUAAGUUUGAGACAAGACUGUAUAUAUAUAUAUACUGUAUUAGCUUGAAGCCACUGGAAACUGGCUGUAUUUGUUUUAUCGCACAGUCCAGGCUGCAGAGCUGAAAAAAAUUUGCAAAGACAUACUGAGAGGCAAGGGCAGGACGGCGACAAACAUGUUUUCUCACUGCGGCCAUCAAUAGUGCUGGCGGCGACGGCUGGGGGCUCCCUGUUUAAGGUCUCAUCCAUUCUCUCCUCAUUCAUACCCUCUGUAGCCGUUAACUCAGACUUGCCUCCAUUUUUCUUUUUUCAUCCCAAUUCUCUUCCUACAUGUCAAGAGGCAAUGAAUUUCAUGCUCCGUGCGUACGCACACUGCCUCCGUUGAUGUUCCUGCUCAUUACUCAGUUAAACCUCUUGGUUUGCAACUUCCCGUGAUUUGUGUAAGCUCACUUCUCAUGCAGGCGGGAGCAGAGAGGGAGACGGGCGUGUAGGCAGAUCAAAGCCGAGGCAGAUAGGUAUGGCACCAUGCCCUGUAGGACACAUCUGUUUAUGUCUGUUUGCGUGUUGAUGCACCACAGGAGGCCAGUGCAUCAGCCAACCUCCCGUAGACCGAAAAUGCUCUUUAUUUGCUGGUGACUUAACAGAAUGCCCUCCAGCGUGUCUGUUGAAGUCUUUUAAGAUUCACUAGCAUUAAAAAAAAAACACAUUUUGUUAAAGGAUCUUCUUAGCAGUGGGAAAGACUGUUCACUCGUUUCAUUACUUAUUGUCAGACUGAACACCAAGAAUAAAUGUAGUUUGACAUCUGAAUGUCAAACGAACACUGAAGGCGAAAAGCCAUCAAAGACAUUCAGUUUGUCACUAAUAGUUAUUUAUUGUAGUGUGAGCACGGCGCAAAUGAGAAUAAUAGGUCAGCAUGGAAGGAAAGUCAGUGUGGAAAUCCUGACAGUCUGAAAGAGCAUUAUCUCUGAAACUGAGGGUUUGGCUCCGUGUAGACAACAGGGAUCGGCUAUGAAGGAAAAAUCGACAAAAAUAAAGCUACUGAUUUAAUUUCAGUGCUUCAUACCUUCACUUUUUCACUGCCUGCCUCUGCUUUCAUUUCCUGGAGCUGCAACUCUGACUCCAAAUUACCAUGAUGCCCUGCAUCCCUCUUUUCGGCGUGUAGCUUUUUUUCUUUUAUUUAUCAGACAUCCUCACAAUUCCAAUUUCAGACACAUUGUGAAAUCAGUUACCAAUGUGUAUUAAAUUAGUAACAAUUAUUUAGCAAAAUCCCAAACAUUCUGCACACAUUUAGAGGACUGUAUGUACAUUUCAUCCACCCUAAAUCCUCCCACAUCAGUUUAUUAUUACCCUGUCCAACAGCGGUGUUUCCAGUGGCUUCAUGUUUGCACUCUGCUUUGACAGCUUUAACAGCCGAGGCAGCAGAAGAUUUGAGCUAUCAGAGCCACAUCAGCCCUUAAGUGGCUACAUAUUUGCAGGAAGGAACUUUAUAUCUAUAACCGUUAUUUUUCUGUUACACGGCCUAGCAAAUAAACAAAAAAUAACCUCGUAGGAGUAGACAUUCUUCCAGUCUUGUUGAAUGUUUGCCUCCAAGACUCCACCAUUGUCAUUCCUGGCCUUUUUUUUAAUUGGGUUCAUUCUUACUUAACCUGAGGUGGUUUAAUAUGUGGAAAGUGGGUUGGCUGCACAAAUGUGGGGCUGUUGUGUGCAGUGACCCUGCCGGCUGAACAUAUACUGUCUGGCCUCAUAUGCUUGGGCUCCUCUUGUUGUGUCCAUGGGGUUUACAUGACAGCUGCUGAUGAACAGCGCAGCCACAAGUGGUCACAUCUCCUCCGCCUGGCUGCCUCUGCAAAUUCUGCACAUCCCGCGUUUGCUGCCUCUCUCUGCAGAAAGCCGGCACUGCACACAGAUGCUGCCGGCCUCGUAGAUGUAGCUCUGCACUUUGGACAGCUCGAAGCACCUGUGGGAAGCAUUCUGCUCUCAGGAGAGGUUAUAAGAGGAAGGGCUGUUACCGUGAUGUAAAUCUGGCUGUGUUGUAUCCUUACAGCAGAAAGGAGAGAGGACACGUUCACGAAAACUGCACUGCCUUCUCUCACACUGCAUAGAAUCGACUUUAAACAAAGAUGACACAGAAAUCAAGAGACGAGAGAAUAAUGGGAAUACAAUUAUUUCAAGGGUUGUCUUCAGAUCUGACAUAGUUCAGGGCUCCUGCCCACAGACCUCUUUGAAACUGUUUUCCUGCCACUGAUCUGAAUGUACCGGCACUCUGUGUGCACCUUGUUUUUAAGAUCUGGCCAGAGUGCAAUGUGUUUUUGUCCAUUGGCUGUUUUUUUGUGUUUUUGUGUUUGUUUUUAUACAGAAUACCAUUGCGUUCCUUGUCUUUAUCCACUUUUGCGGAUUUUCGGUCUCCACGUGUGACAAGACACUUAAUGUCAGAACAGGACACCAUAAGGUCUUUUUUUUUUCUCACAGACUAAGUCAUUGCGGUGCUCCUCCACAAGGUUAAUAGCAAGGUUAAAAGCAUUUUUUGUCUUAACACUGUUGGAGGCACUUAUGAGCAAUUAAGUCAGAACGGACUGAGGGAACAUUGGACAUUUGUCAAGGGGUGAAAUCCUUGAAAGACAUAGAGCACGCUUCUAGUGGUUCCACUUUGAUUAAAUUAGGAUGUGUGGUUAUAAGCUGCAGUAUGCCUUUUUAAAAUUGCAGAUGUCAAGCCCAUAAUGUAUUUGUAGAGCAUGAUCUAUUUGACACUGUACAACAGGGCUUAUUUUAUUCCAAUAUAUCAGCCCUGGGUGUCAGCCCCUGAUGUAAAUACCCUCAUUUUACAACAGAGGUAACAUAAUGUUACACUUUGCCUCUGCCACCUACGAUGAUAUUAGCAGUGACAGUGUCAUUUUUAACAACCCAUGUGCUUUCAUGCUCUCUUAGACGUAUCUUCAAUUCGUACUGUGUGUUAUCUGUUUGUUUUUUAUGUUUCCAGCUUUUUUUUGCAUCUGUGUUUUUCUUUUUCUUUCAACUCCACCAGCAGUGUAAAAUUGAUGUAAAUUUGUGUUUCUGUCAUGGUUUUAAUAUUUUUUGGUGACUGCAUUUUGAUCUUGUAGUAAUACUUGUUUUAGCGUAUGAUAUUUUCUUUCUGAAGGAGCAUUAAAUAUUCCUUCUCAUCCAUUGCAGCACUCUUGGAGACCCAUAUAAAUGGUGGAGACAGAAUGCACAAACAAUAAUUGUUUUGUUUUUUUCUCUGCUGUGAGCAAGUUUUAACAUAGAAUUUUUUUUUCAAAAUAAAAUGAUUUUCGCCUCCUUCAAUAUAUUAUUUCUGUAAUCUCCUUAUCCUGCUGCAAAGGUAAAGCUGAAUAUCUGAGCAGUGGAUAUGUAUGUUCUGGAAAUGGCGUGUUUGAUGUUGUGCAACGCUGGGUGGAAUUAUCUGAUACCUGCCAACCUUGUUCUGUGGAGUUUCUGCUACUCAUCAACAAUAUAUGAGGUGGUGAACUACCUUCUCUUUAUUCUCUAAAUCAAUUAUUUUUUAAAUAAAGAAAAGUGUGUCACAAAAUCCCAUGAUAGCAUACAGUCAUUGUCUUUCAUGUUUAAUGACUCAAUCCUUUUGAUUUAGUCUCUUUUUGUUUCACUGUUAUUUAUACAGGCCACAUUUAAACUGUUUGAUUUUUAGUCAAUGAUAAGGGAGUGAAGAACGAAGUAUGAAAAGCGUAGAAAACUGGUGCCAGAGACCCCACAAUGUGUUAAAUGAACUGAGUGGAACCCCUGCAAAUAGUGCAACACUUAUCCUAAAUAUGUGUUAAUGGUAUUUGGAUUUUUUAUUUCUUUUUUAACAAAAACAGAAAAAAAUGUAAACCCAUUUCCAAUAUCUCAUCUAUCUUUUUUUUUCCAUCUGUCAAGUUCGGCAUUAUUGAUACGAUUUGUCUAAUUUCUAAACACAAUGAAGAGAGUAGCAGAGUAUUUUUGUACAGAGCUUGAUCUGCCUUUUAACCUAAUUGUUAUCAGGCUUGUGUGUGACAGUGAGUCAAUUGUGCCAUUCCACACUGGCUUUUUAUGUUUUACAUCACUGUUCCUUCUAUGCAAAGAAAAACAUACCUAUUUUAGCCUUUGUACAGAUUAUUUUGUAUGAGUAACAUGUACUGAAAUAAAGUAAAAGUAAUCAACCGUGGA